UAGUUCAUUUUUUUAAAGGGGAACGUGUCACCAGCGGAGCCGGCGGGUCCAGCCUGCCGGUGCCUCUGUCCAAGGUACUUGAAACCGAGCCGCGCUCAGACCGCCCCGUCCGUCUGCAGGAGGGCGACCCAACCGCUUCGACACCAUGGGUGCAGCCGCUCCCAGCCGCGCAGCCAGGCGCUUUCAGAGGUGCUGAAAUCUCCAUCCAGCCUUGCGUCGUUGGACUAGCCUGAUUAUUGAUCUCCAAAGCAGGAUCCGGCCGAGCUGGCUGGGAUGCUGAAGCAGGAGGGCUGAGCCUUGGAUUUAAUGCACGGCGCCCCCGGGGAUUGUUGCCCAACCGGCUCCCUGGAUCCCAGGCUGAACUUUGCCUUGUCUCAGCCCCACUCUGCCCCGCCAGGUCCGGACUGCCGGCCCAUGUCCACCUGAAAGGUGCCGGGUGUGAGCGAACGGCUGGGGCUGGGGGACGAACCUGGCCAUGGAAGGCUCCAACGGCUUUGGGAUCGACUCCAUCCUGUCCCACCGAGCGGGGAGCCCGGCGGUGCCCAAAGGAGACCCUCUGAUGGGGGAUUGCAGGUCCCCCCUGGAACUAAGUCCCGGCUCCGAAGUCAGCAGCGGCUGCCCGUCUCCCCAUUCGCCCGGGAAGGACUGCCUGGAGGCGGUGGCCCCCCGGCAAGGGGUGGCCGUGGGUUUGGAAUCUCACCUCCAGCCGGGGCAGGGCUCGGCUCCUUCCCAAUCCAGAACAGUGACCUCGUCUUUCCUAAUCAGGGACAUCCUAGCCGAUUGCAAGCCCCUGGCAGCCUGCGCGCCUUACUCCAGCACCAAUGGACAGAGCGGCCAGGAGCCGGCGGGGCGAAUCCCUGCCAAACCCGGGGAGGACUUUCGAGAGAAAAUGGACAAAAGUAGCAGCAACGCCUCGUCCGACUCGGAGUACAAAGUGAAAGAAGGGGACCGAGAAAUCUCCAGCUCCAGAGACAGCCCACCGGUGAGGCUGAAAAAGCCCCGCAAAGCCCGCACCGCCUUCACCGAUCACCAGCUGGCGCAGCUGGAGCGGAGCUUUGAGAGGCAGAAAUAUCUGAGCGUGCAGGACAGGAUGGAGCUGGCGGCCUCCCUCAACCUCACUGACACCCAAGUGAAAACGUGGUACCAGAACAGGAGGACCAAGUGGAAGAGGCAGACAGCGGUGGGACUGGAGCUACUGGCAGAAGCUGGAAAUUAUUCGGCCCUCCAGCGAAUGUUCCCAUCUCCCUAUUUCUACCCGCAGAGCUUGGUCUCCAACCUGGAUCCGGGAGCGGCCCUCUAUCUGUACCGGGGCCCCAGCGCCCCUCCCCCGGCUUUGCAGAGACCUUUGGUACCCAGGAUCCUCAUUCACGGACUGCAGGGGGGUAGCGAGCCGCCCCCACCUUUGCCCCCCCUGGCAGGCGUCCUUCCGCGAGCGGCUCAACCGCGGUGAAAAGCCGACUCCGCAGCAAAGCCAGCUGCCAAGGAAGCCAAGAGGCCCCCUCUGCUCCCUUGCGUAGACCGUCCUGACCAUCAGAAACUGUACACCGAGCUGGGGGGGUGGGGGGAGGCGGGCCAGAUCCUUGGCACUUCAGCCCCCGCCUCGCCACCACACAAAACCAUCGUUCACCCUAAAGGAGCAAGAGAAACUUGGAAAGGAAAAACUCAUCAAACGAAAACCUCGCGCGCUCUCAUCUUGCGCUGAAACCUUGCGCGCCCUUGCUUUCAUCUUGCGCUAAAAUCCUGCGUGCGCGCUCUUUCGCUGCGCUUAGUGGUCAGCGCUCCCUAACCGGGAAGGGGGUGAGAGCUCGCCUUCCUCGCGGCGCAGAAAGGGAACCCAACAAACAACAAUUCAAACUUCAGGGAAAGCAUCUGUUCAAAACCAGGGGAGGAGGACCAGGGAUGUGGGGGGUCGGGACACUAAUAGACAAGCGUGUGAUCGCCCGGACACAGAGCCUGUUCGCGCCCUUCCCCAAUGCAGAAUAUCCUCCGCCUUAAAAACGCUGGGCAGAAUGAAACCGCCCCGCGGGGUAUAAUUCCCACGCGCGCGCACACAGUUUUUUCGGCCUUUUAAAAAAUCUUUUUGCCCACUGAGGCCUUUCUGCCCCCUCCCCCGCGAUCUAGCACUAAAGUUUGCCACACACACACAAAGGAGACUUCGGGUCAGAGGCUACACAGAGAUCGAAUCAAGAAGGAAUCUCCACAAAUUGCAGAAUUCAGAAACGUUCCUCUUUCAGGCGGAGUUAAUUUGAAGAGAGGAACUGAAUUUAUCUGAUAAGCCAUUAACAAAAAUACAUUACAUUGGAAAGGCUCAAUAAGAAAAGGAGGGUUCUGUGUGUAAGAGACACACGGUUAAAAACACCCCGGGGUUUUGUUUCCACUCAAAGAAUUUACUGCGUUCCAAUUAUAUGGCGGCUUGAAUAUUUAGUUCACCGCCAGGACUAGCUCCUUGCUAACUUCGGGGCAGGCUGGAGUUUCCAGUUCCUUGCAGUAGCUUUUAGCACCGUGCUCACCAUUAAAUAACCCUUUCCACUUGACCAACGCUGAGCCCAGGGCAUGGGAUGGGAGAUGGCUUAUGUACAGAGCGGCGAUCGCUAGCUAUAACUGUCUUAAUUAUUAUUUUUAAUGUGUGUCUGUCACAAACACGCUCCCUGGAAAGACAGACAAACAGACUUCCCUCAUGCUAAACCUGACUUCAGUGGUUUCUGCCUGAGCAAGGGCUGGAGGAUGAGGCAAAGGUAUCUGCAAAUAAAGUACCUCACCUGAGCAUGGCUUCUA